AUGAUUUGCAAAGGAUGGGGUGAAGGGGAGAGGAGGGAGGGGAGGGCGUGGGAGGGGAGGGAGGGACCAGAGGGGGCCGUUGCGCUCAUCGAGGACAUGCGCCUACAGCGCAUGCACGACGCAGACGGCGCCGUGUGGAAUGCCGUGGCCUGGGCGCACCAGGCCGGAGGGGCACCGGUUCCGGCCAUGCCUUCGCCCAUGCGGAGGAACCUUCGGAAAGAGCAUGAGCUCUUGGACUUCGUACGCCGCCGUGCGCAGGUAGAGGAUCUCCCCGCGGUGCUGCGAGCAAUCGAGGAAUUCGCGUGCGGACGGAAGUGGCUCAAGGUGGCGGGCGGCCGCAAGGCGGCCCUGCUCCAGGGCAGCCUGCGGCCGGGCGAUCGUGUGGUCGAAUUCGGAACGUACAUGGGAUACUCCGCCAUGUUGCUGGCCUCGAGACUGCGCGAGCUAGGGGGCGGUGGCCGGGUGGUGUCCUGCGACGUCAAUGCCCAGACCUGGCCCUUCGCGCGGGAGAUCUUGUCCUGGGCGGGGGUGGAAGGCUCCGAGGUCCAGCUGAACAUUGGCGUCGCGAGCGACUGGCUUGCCAGUGGUCAGCUGGGAAGCAUCGACGUGCUGCUCCUGGACCACCGAGGAACUGUCUACCAG